CCCCAAUCAUAUACAGCUCAUAUAAAAAACCGAGCAACAUAUUAUUUUGAAAGAUAACACGGUUAUACAAUAAACUAGAGUACUGUAUUCGUGAGCUGCGAUCCGCAGUACUCAUCCAAGUGUUACGUUGAGCGGAGCCAUCAUGUCCCAGAUCCCCAAGAACACAUAUAAACUGUGGGGCGGUCGCUUCAGCGAGACUCCUCACGAAGCUCUCCAAUCGCUGAACAAUAGUUUGCCAACCGAUUCCCGUCUAUAUGCGGAUGAUCUGGAUGCCAGCAAGGCGUACGCGGAGGCGCUCCAAAGAGCCGGUCACCUGAACGCCGCCGAGACGGACAAGCUGGUGAAGAAUCUGGAGCUGGUGCGAUUCGAAUGGAUCGAGGGAACCGUGAAGCUUCUGCCCGGCGAUGAGGAUGUGCACACGGUUAACGAACGCCUGCUGGUGGAGCUAACCGGUGAACUUGGUCAGCGACUUCAUACGGGAAGGAGCAGAAAUGACCAGGUGGCCACCGACAUGAAGCUCUGGCUGAGGAAAGCCAUCCGCGAGACCUUGGGUCGCUUGAGUCGUGUUAUCGAGUCUGCCACCCGGCAGGCGGAACAGCAUCUAGGUGUCCUGAUGCCGGGAUACACUCAUCUGCAGAGGGCACAGACCGUCCAGUUCUCCCACUGGCUUCUGUCCCACGCCUUCGCCCUGAAGGAGGAUGCUCAGCGGUUGGUGGAGCUCCGGGAUCGGGCGAAUGUCCUGCCCUUGGGCAGUGGCGCCUUGGCGGGGAAUCCCCUCGGCAUCGAUCGGUUGUGGCUCGCCGAGAGAUUGGGAUUCUCGGGCGUCACCCCAAACAGCAUGCACGCCGUGGGAGAUCGCGAUUUUGUGGUUGACUUCAUCUACUGCUGCUCUAUGGUGAGCCUGCAUCUUUCUCGAUUGGCCGAGGACCUGAUCAUCUACAGCACCAAGGAGUUCAACUUCAUUCGGCUGGCCGAUGGCUUCUCCAGUGGCAGCAGUCUGAUGCCCCAGAAACGGAACCCGGACAGCUUGGAGCUAAUUCGCGGAAUGGCCGGAGUGAUCACCGCCAAUCUGACGGGCAUCAUGAUGACCAUCAAGGGCACUCCAUCCACCUACAACAAGGAUCUGCAGUUUGACAAGGAGUACUGCUUCCAGUCCUUCGACAAACUCUCUCAGGUGCUGGAAGUGGCCGAUGGUGUCCUGCAGACAAUGCAGGUAAAGCAGGACUCCAUGGAGGCGGCUCUGAGCACCGAAAUGUUGGCCACUGACUGGGCCUACUAUCUGGUAAAAAAGGGGAUUCCCUUCCGACAGGCCCACCACAUAAUUGGCCGUGUUGUUGCGGAGGCCGAGAAACUUGACGUUGAAAUAACCGACUUGCCACUGGGUAAUCUGCAAAAGUUUAGCCCUGUUUUCGGAUCGGAUAUUGUCGCCGUGGCGGAUUACUCCAAUAAUGUGCAGCAGUACAAUGCGAUCGGUGGAACUGCCAGUAGCAGCGUCGUGGAACAGCUUCGACUGCUGAAGAAGUUCGCAAAAGAUUUGCGCAAACAGUCCUAACUUGGUUAACAAAUAAAAAGUUCCUUUUGCAUUUAA